AUGAAGUUCGCACUCCUUCUCGCUUUCACCGUGGCCGUCGCUGCCUUGACUCAAGACCAAGUUGUCCCAGCCAAAGUCGCUUGCGGCGAUGAGGCCCCAUACGACGGUUUCGAAAUCCUCGGGGGCAAGGAAGCCAAACGCGGCGAGCACCGUUAUGUGACUGGGUUCAAGAAGUCGCCCGAUGGUGACACCGUGUGCGGCGGCAGUCUGAUCGCCCCCAAUGUUGUUUUGACAGCGGCUCAUUGUUUGAAAGGUUUUCUACCUUAUGCGGUCGUGGGUACGCACUUUUUAACCGGUUAUAAGGACGGGGAACUGGCCACUGUCAUCGAGGAAAUCAAACACCCCAAUCCUAGCGUUGACGUGGGCAUCGCAAUCUUGAACCGCAACAUCACGAACAUCGAACCUGUGAAGCUAUUGUUUGAGAAAGUUCCGUCGGGGGUGUACACUUGGGCACGCGGCUGGGGACAAGUCAGGCAUUAUGGCCCCCAAUCGUCAGUGCUCAUGGAGGUCAUCCUCGAGACCUGGAGUAACGACAAGGCCUCGGACGCGUUCGGGACCACCGGUAAGACAGUGACCGAUACGAUGUUGGCUGCUGGAGGGGUGGAAGGAGAAGACAUGUGUGACAACGACUCGGGGGGACCGUUGACCACCGAAGUAAGCGCUGGCGUGCGCUUGGUGGGCGUGGCCAGCUGGGGCCGUGGCUGUGGUCGACACGGCAAGCCAGGUGUGUACGAACGCGUCAGCGCUUCUCGUGACUUCAUUGAACCGUACUUGCCGAAGUAA